AUUCCGAAUAGGCUACAAUACUUCGCUUUUUAUCUUUUUAUCUGACUAGAAAACUCAUUUGCCCGCCUAUUUUUUCCAUAGACAGGUGUUUUCGCUCAUCUGUCAUCAGACCGGAGGCGUGCACCGCACAUGUCCCCUGCGCGCUCACGAUGUGCGCGCGUGAAUUUCCUUCUUGUCACUCAUGUGUGUUACAGUGCGAUAGAGAAACUGUUUAACAGUCACUCGCUGCGUUAGAAACGAAAGAGGAAGGAAAAUGAAGAUGACCCUCUCAACGGUGGUGAUAUUAGCAGGUCUGAUAAUUGGAGGCAGCACAGCUGACACCUCUCCAACAUCGACAGCUACAACUACGGCAUCAGCAACUACAGCAUCACAUUCAUCGACGCUGACUUCUCCUUUCACAACAUCUGCAAAUGUCACGACGAGCCAGUCUUCCUCCACAACAUCUGCAAAUGUCACGACGAGCCAGUCUUCCUCCACAGUCCUCCUCAGUACAAAUGAAACAACGACUGGUUUCCCUGUGAAUUCAUCCCAGAGCACUACGAACGCCUCUACAUCCGCUCAGACAACAUCAAAUACAACCUCUAGCUGUAAUACUACCUCCUCAGGAGCUGGGCUCACCAGCGUAGUCAACAAUACGACAAACACCUCGACCACAAUCUCGAGUUUGACGACUGAACCUCAAACAACAUCCUCUUCAGAGAGUCUUACCUCAGAGAAAACAACGCUGAGAAACACGGCAGCGAAUGUUACUAGUGCAAAAAUUACAUCUGCUACAGUAACUACAUCUACUAUUGGGUCUACAACUAAACUUGUGUCCUCUUCUACUGAAGUAAAGACUAAUAAACAAGUAGAGGACUCUAGUGUUGGACAAGAAAAGAAGGACCCAGAGGCACUGAGCUCAGGGAGUGUCGUUGCCAUUGUAGUUGGUUUCCUUGCCAUUGUAUUAAUCUUAUUUGGUGGGGCGUACUACUUCAAAAUACGACGUACUUCUUACGGACGUCUUUUGGAUGACACUGAUCACAGCACUGUGGGGAAUUUUCUCAACCCAAUGUUUGAUGGCUAAAAAGGGAAGUGUUCAUGAAGAAACAUUCACUUCUGAGAAAUAACAUGCACGCAUUUCUUUAGCAAUGAACACGGUAGUAGCGGAUUCUGUAUUUUGGCCUAAAAAUUGCCUCUUCAGUCAAAGUAAUAGAUCAUACGCUGACCAGAAUCAAGAAGUUUUUAGAAUGUACACUUUUAAAGGCA